AUGGACAUGGAAAGGAGCAGUGGAGAAGCCGAAGAACAUGAUGAUUUGUCAUUGAUUCUUCUCGUCAGUGGAACACCCGAUCCGAGAGCCGCUCUCGCUUUUCUUCGUACCCUCCCUCCCCGCAUCCCAGGCUGUUCUCGCCAUCAGCUUUUCCAUCGAUUUUGGGGUUCCUCUUCUGCUUCGUAUCUGCGGCGUUCCUGGCCGAGAACUCAGGUGAUCGGGGAGGAUGUUGGACGUGUCUGGGGUUCAGAAGGAGUUGGCAGAGUGCAACCGGAACAAGGCCAUCUCCGGGAGGGGGGGAGCCACCUCUCCGGCCCCGUAUCCACCCCCUACAAGGGCGGCACCUUCCACAUUGACAUCCGUUUGCCGAUUGAUUAUUCCUUUGAGCCUCCUAAAAUGUGGUUCAGAACUAAAGUUUGGCACCCAAACAUUAGCAGUCAACAUGGAGCAAUCUGCUUGGACAUUCGGAAGGAUCAGUGGAGCCCUGCCUUCACGUCGAAGAUUGCGUUGCUUUCUCCGCAAGCUCUACUGUCAGCACCUGAGCCGGACGAUCCCAAAGAUGCAGUUGUCGCACAGCAGGUCAAAGAGCACACCUGUGUGUGUAUGAAGACUGUUGCGUUCUUUUAUGUUAUCACUUCUAUUGAUGUCAUUCUUCUGCAUCGAACAGUACCUGCGUGAACACCCAGCCAAUACGAUAGGAGAAUAACUGUUGGCAUCGAAGAAAAGGAUUUAGCGAGAAGCACGCUGGGGAGCAGCGUCAAAGGCGACGAGAAUCAGGCUCUCGAAAGGCUAUGCUCCUACUAAAACUCGCGUCUGUACGGUCAAUCAUUCUAAAUAAUUGUUUCAACACCUAAUGUGGUCAAAGUAGUUGAGAUUAUCCAAUAAUUGUUUGACCCACUACUACUGCUCGGAAGCUACGUCUGCACAUUUCACAUCUUUAGCAGCCUUAUCCAUCUAGAUAUAGUACACGAAGCAGGGCUUUCGAUAAUGAUGUUAUGGUUUAGGAAUCAAAAAUUAGAUCGGAGAGAGCAUGGUGGGCGCUGGCAUGCAGUGGUUGAUGGCUGUUGUGAUUGCCGUCCACCAUGGAUUUCUUGAUGAGCCAGCCUCGUGGAACAACGCAACAAGGACGCUCUUAUCUAUUUGGCGGGGAGUAGCAUCAAAAAGGUACCCACACGGUGCCUCGAGCUAAUCUUGUCUACUUCGUCAGCCAACUGCAAUAAUGUGAUCCUUAAUGUCUUAGAAAGUAGACGUCAGGUGGCCUGCAGCAGUACAACCCAUGAGGCAUGACGCUUGAUGUUGGGUGGUACGAAUGUCAACAAGUGUUUUCCAGUCUCUCGUAGCUCACUCUUACCUAUUAAUUGUCGAUUGACAGGUGCAAGAAAAAAUAAACUAUUUGUGAACAGAGACCAUAUCGAAGAGUGCCUCUCGGUUCACGAUUUCAACCUUGCUUUUGUUUCUCGUGUCAAAGAACAGUAAAGAGAGGCGUUUAUUUGAUGUACCGUUGUCAAAGGGAGCAUCAACACCGAUCACAGGACGAUAGCAACAUCCUUCAUUAGAUGGGACGUUUCCACUGACAAGUGAACUGCCUCGGGAAGAAGACAACAAGGAUGGAAUUGGGUUGGUUCUCCAGUCCUGCCUACCAAAC